AUAAUAAUGAAUAUUUCAAUUUCAAUUAAGUGAUGUAAAUGUCGGCAAGACUUGUUGCGGGCUGAGUUGCUGUUAAAUUUUUUAAAGAUAGAGCAACACUGAAAGUUGUUUGUCAUAAAAGGCUACAAAAAUGCGAAAGUACCAGCAAUUGGCGCUCUUGCUAAUAUCCUGCUUGAGUGUGGGCGUUCUGAUGAUGUACAAGAGCGAAAACAAUCGCUUGAAAUAUGUGUUAAAGUAUGUCAACUUCUUUGGACGAAACGAUGCGGCCGUGCUGCGUCGCAUACAGAACAGCACAAGUGCCGAGGAUGAGGAACUUCAAUCUAAAUGGGCGUUCACUAAGCCGCUACCCGUUUGGCAGAUGAUUGGCGACUCCUUCUAUGCGUACUCGUCAUUCUGGAAACAAAAGGAGCUGGCUGUCGGUGGCGAGGCGCACGUCAUUGUCGUUGGUAAAAGGGGGGCCGUCGUGGACUUUCGCUGCAGCAUAGAUGUGGGCGGCCGCAGUGUUCAGGGAAAAUUUCGCUUUCAACGUGAUGCUGCGGAGGGCGUGGUCGAUGACAAGACCAGCACAUUUACAAAUUACAAUUUCUUUUGUCAAGUCAGUCGCAAUUUCGGAAAGCCAAAGUAUGUGUCCUUUAGUGAUACAACGUCGCCAAUCAAGAGGCAGGUGAAGCUGCAUCUGCGGCACUUGAAGGCGGCAAAGACAGCUACCAAGGCAACAACGGCAGCAGGACCAACACUCACCGAAAUUCCUGUUCGAUUUCCUGCUACAAUUUGUGUUGAUUUGGUUAGCUUUGAUGUUGGUUCGAGAUUUGCACGCAAUGUGGAUGCUAUGCUGCAAUUCUUUCUCUUCCAUCAAGCUCUGGGCGUUGAACACUUUCUAAUCUAUAACUACGAUGAGCUACCGGAGCAAGUUCUACAUCUGUUGGAGCGCACCAAAAUUCAUCUAUAUGGCUUGCCCUUUAAUUUCCCAUUUCUACAAACGAAUGGCACAACUACUCGCAUCCGCCAGUUGCUGCAAACGGAUUGUUUGCUGCGCAAUGUGAACUAUGCUAGCUUUGCGCUGCUGCUCACUCCGAAUGAACUGGUGUAUCCAAAUGCACGCUUUGCGGGCAACGUGGCCAAGAACUCACUGCAGCAGCAACUGCGGGCCUAUAAAAGCGAAAUAGUUCGCUUUGAGCUGUCCACCUUUGCCGUCUGCUUCGAUGAGCAUAAAAAGUUGCUGAUAGACAACGUGCAAUACGACCCAGAAUUGAAAUCCAAAGUGCUACUGUAUCGCUUGGAGUUGCCGGCAGCGCAACUAUUGCUGCCCACUGCGAAAAGCUUUGAGCUGCCAUUAUCCAGUGGCUUUGCUCAUCGCUAUGUGGAGUGCCAACAGGUGGGCGCAGAUGGCCUACAUGAUUGGCGUACUGGCGUGAGGGAGGAGCUAAUGGAACAUAUCAAUCAGCUACGCAAUGAAGUCGAUUUACUCAUUUAGUCUAGUCUAACAU